UACUGUAAUUAUUCCACAUUGGCCCCCAAUAGCUUCAUCAUUGUUGCGCAGUAUUUUAUCAUCGUCGUACAGCUGUACAUGUUCGCGCCUAUCCCUCAGUACGGCCUGAUGUUUUAUUAAUAAUGUACACUAGAUUAAAGCCGCUACAAGGAACUGUUGAUUCUGGCACCCCUGUGGAUAAAAAGGUCCAAACACCUUUAACUGGACAGCAAGUGCAUUUGUUUUAAAAGCCAAAGUGAAGCAUGUAUUUUUUUUUAAUAAACAAUUACUUUUUCACAGCACAGAGCUGAGGAUGAGCCGAGGGCUCUCACAGCCUGAAGAAAGCAGCUGCUUUGUUGUCUGGAGGUGCAGUACAGAAACAAAACGACCUUGACUUUGUUUUUCCCUCAUCAUCUUUUUGUGCAAAGGUGUCAAAACAAAUUUAAAGUUCCUCGUCGCAGGAACAUUUUCCUGAUAAAUCUUUUACUUUCAGCUGGGCUCGCAGAAGAUUGCAGAAACCAGCAAGAGCAAAAGUUACAUUUUUUAAAAGCUUCCCAACAGAAAAAUUCCAGCAACUCAUUCAGGCCUCGCUCCGCAGCCGCUACUCCGAAAUGCAUGGAUGUGCACCGGCUUGACCUCCAGCUGGCCAGCAGGGAGGUGUGUGUGUGUGUGUGUGUGUGUGUGUGAAAGGAGCUAGUCUGCUAACUUUCACAAGCUCUUUUUUGCUUUUAUUGUCUAAAUAAAUAACAGCCGACACGUACCUUGGUCCAAAAAGACUUCACCGCACAACACUCAUGCCUCACUUCGAUAUACAGUAUGUGUGCUUUGUGCUAAUGUUAGCAAAACUGUUGGUGCCACAGUGGCUGUGUGCUUUGUGCUAAUGAGGUGUUAGCUAGCAGGCUGCAUGCAGGCGGACAGGAAAGGUAGCCGGUCCAGUUUUUUUGUCUUUCAUUUGUCAGAGCAUUUGUUUUCUUGAUUGCUGACUGGGAUUAGAUAAAUACACACUGCUUCCCACUGCUGCUCAAACAUGUAAUCAGAAUUGACUUGUGCACUUUUUCUUUUGCUGGUGUGUUUGCUUUAUAAAAACAAAACAACAAAGAAAAAGACAAAUGUGCAUGUUCGAAAUAAAAAUUUAAAUCAAACUUCAGUCAGUCAAUUUUAAGAGAUUUUCUUCAAAGUACAACAAAAAAAUGCCUCCAAAACAACUUGCAAAUCGUUGCUUUAAGUAACACUUUAAAUGACGGAUUCUAACUUGUAAUGGCGUAUUCUCACAGUGUGGUAUUAAUACUGUUAGUCCAGCUCUGCUCAUCGGAUCCGUUCAGCAGCGUUGUGUCUAUAAUCCCGGCCGACCUGUCGGAGACAUUGUGUACGACAUGUGCAACAAACACACACACACAGUGAGUGCAGCACACUCACUUUUCGGAGGACAGAGAGGGGUAAGAGGCACAAGGCUCCUCCCUGAGAGUUUGUGAAAACAUUCCAGCAAAGUGAGGGCAGUCAAAGAAUUGGAAACUCUCAGAGCGGCCUCCUGCUCUCUCUAUCCUCCUCACCUCUCGGCACAUGUAGUCGCACGGUGUGUGAAUCUCUCAGGACAGGUCUGCAGGGGGAACAGCCCAAGGAGGGGAAACCUGAAGAGUCCUCGACAAAACCCGGACGGACACAGAAACUCUGGUGUCCUGUUGAUCGGCUCACAAUGAAGCUGGUGUUGGUCCUCCUUGUUUCCACUGCCUGGACCUUCACUGGAGCCCAGUAUUACUACCAGGGCCUGAUGGAUUAUCUGGAGAACAGGUUGUUGGCUAUCGAGGACCGAAUGCAGUUAUGGCACGAUCAGUCCCACCGCUACCACACAGAGCUGCUGGAUUUCAAGAAGCUAACCGUCGAGGCCAUGGAGGGAAUAAAGAACGAGCACGGCCUGCUGUUCAAGGACCUCGAAGGAGCUGCGCUGCGGGUGGACCGGGUCGAGCGAGAGAUGGACUAUGUGGAGACCCAGACUUCCCCUCGGGCCUGCGCGAACAAGGCGGACAAGGUGGUGGAGCAGGGAGCCUGGGGGCUGCAGGAGAGCAGAGGGGAGGAAGAGGAGGAGGACGAAGACUGGGAGGAGCUGCACUCCAGAGUGUCUGACUGUGUGGAAAUCAUCUCUGGCAUCAGAUCAGUGAAGAUCCUGAAGAGAGUGGGGAGCCCCAAAGGCAUGUGGACCAGAGACCCGAGGUCGUCCAAGGUUUACAUCUUUAACGGGACGUCGGGAGACGUCGUCUACCAGUUCGACUCUGUCAGGGACUUCUCCCGCUCUCCUGGCGUCACCAGCAGCCGGCGACUCGCGCUUCCCUCCGAUUGGAUCGGUCCCGGCAGCGCGGUUUAUAACGGCUACUUGUACUACAUACAGCAGGAGGCUGAUACGGACGUGCAGGUGGUCAAAUACGACAUGCUGAGUGGCUCGGUGACGGAUGUCGCCAUGUUCCCCGUGGAGAGCCACGCUGCUGUGUACGGCCUCAACCCAGAAACCGUAGCGGACCUGGCAGCCGACGACGAGGGCCUCUGGCUCCUGUACGCCACCAGCGACAGCGAGCCAAACAUCUACCUCGCAAAGAUGGACCCUGCCACGCUUGAUAUAGAGCAAAUCUGGGACACGCGCUGCCCACGGGAGAACGCAGAGGCCGCUUUUAUCGUCUGUGGGACCGUCUACGUGGUUUACAACACCCGCCUGGCCAGCCGCUCCCGGGUCCAGUGCAUCUUUGACGUCAACGACAUGGUGAUCAGCGAGGAGGCCCCGCUGCUCUACUUUCCCAGGAGGUACGGAUCCCACGCCAGUCUGAAAUACAACCCCGAGGAGAGGCAGCUCUACGGCUGGGACGACGGUUACCAGAUCAUUUACAGACUGACCAUGAAGAGGAAACUCCUGGUCUGACAGCGGGGGAGCGGCGGUGUCGUGUUUUUCAAAAGGCACAGGAUGAAAAAUAGGAGCAGCGAAUUUGUUCCGAGAUACGCCAAAUUCUUUCCUGCAGUCGAUUUAACACAGAUCAGAUGUAACAUCACACAUUUCUAAGGAAAUCAAAGGGCUUUUGAACCGUUAGUCACUUAUUUCAUCCUCAUCUCAUGUGUGUAACAUAACAGAAAGCACACGAAAAUGCCACUCUGUUAAUUAGAGGCUGUCUAUGCGGUGUGUCUGUGUGUGUGUCCUCCUUUCAUUUGAUUUGACCGUUUGAUUCAAGCGAAAUCUAAUUUCCUUUUGCGCCUCGCUCUCCCUCUGCUUGUUAAGCCAGCGCCUGCGUUUGUCACUGCCAGUUUAAAAAAAAUAAACACACACACACAGUGACGAGUGCAUUUUGCAUAAGUCUUUUAAUCCAAGAAAACCAAAAUCAUGUCACAGAAACUGAUAAACACAUCACAUCCCAUGGGAGGAAGAAAAAAAAACCAAAACAACAAACUAUUUUCUCUGCUGUUGAUUUUCAGACUCAAUCAAACAAAAGAAGAAAAGACAGUUUGUGGUGUAAAGACUGUAAAUCUAUUCUCAGUUUACUUUUUUUUAUCACACACUGGGUCGAGUCGUGAUCACGAGUCUCCAUUAAUGAUCUAAAAGGAACUUGUGUAAUCAACUUUUUUGGUCUGAACUGAACGACUUGUUGAUAUCAAUCACCAGAACAAUUUUUUCAAACGUUUUUUUUUUUUUUUUUUCUAUUAGUACAAAUACAAAAAAAUGCUCAAUAGAAAAUUGGAAAUUCAGUGCUAUCGUAACAGUUGGAAGGGAUACAAGAUUCAUAUCAAGAAACAUUUACAAUAUUAGGCAAAGCUAAAGGAGGGCUUAGAGAAACAGUCCGUUAACUGAGGCGAUGGAUUUAACAGGUCUCCUCAACUAUGAAGGAACACACCACACUGUCAGAGAAACAUAUGACCAUCGUAAAGCACAUGAGGAGACAGAAAGGUUUUAUAUAUAUAUAUAUAUAUAUAUAUAUAUUUAUUUUUAUUUUCAACCACUUGAUUCAAAUCGUUACACUAAAUUAAGAAUUAAGAAGGAGGAAUUUCACCAUCGAAACAACUGUGUGAAUCUCAAACGGUCUCAGGUUGACGGUGCCGAUGCUGUGAUGGAUUUACGUCACGCGCUGACUCAUCCUCUCUAUAACAAGGCCCAAUUAGAGAAAUGCCGCCGCUCUGUAGACGCUGACCUGUCCACCCGUCAGCUGCCCCCGCGCCGUCGCCUCAGAAACCUCGCGUGCACACCGAGGCACUAAACAGCUCGCCACUCAAGGCGGAAAUGCCGAAAACAGAUCUGGCGUGGGGUGGUCUGCUGAAUGCAUCUGUUCCCUCCCGCCGAUUUUCUCCCAGACAUUUUCACAAACUCUGUGAUAUAUGGAGUCUAACCGAGGGCAGCCCGAGCCAAAAGUAUUACUCGCCCUCUCCGUCCGCUGAGCGAGGCACCGGCAGUCUAGACGAGCCGAAGCCGCUGCCAAGAACAUUUUCACGUAUCAGAUUAAAGAUGCUGCGGGGCUGCUGUUGAGAUAACAGGGACGCUAUUCAAUAAAUGGCUCUCAUAUCGAAAAGAAAUUAUCUGUACAAGCCUUACGAGUAUAAUCUGUGCAUGUCUGCUGGCGGGUUUCUCCUGCCUCAUAUCACUCUGGCUCUCCAGAUGAACAUUUCCUGGCCACAAACGCUCCGAUGGUAUCUGCGCUCGCCAAUUACAGAACACCAAAUCUACUACAACUAGAAGGCUAACCUGAAACUUGAAGAAACCAAAUUAUAAUGUUUAAUGCAGAGAUGUACGGAGCCUCGACUGCUGAUAUUUUUAAAUCAGAACUUUGAGAAUGUUUGUGCAGCAAAAGGGUUUUAAAACUGUUUGCCACAAUGUCGUGAUAGCCUUUGUAUAAAUAUUAUUUUAUAUAUAUGCUAUAUUUUCAUUGUUUAAAACCAGUUGAUUGAAACCAGUAACCUGACUAUCAACAUAACAUAGAAACAAUAAAAAUCUAAAUAACAAAGCUGGCUCUCGCAGGUGAUGAGAAAGUGGAAUCAAAACAAAUUCAGCAAGUAAAUCAUGACAUGCGUGAAGCAUCAGAUCUGUGAUGACGAGACUGUUUAAUUCCUUAAAUAAAAGUAUGAAAUAAACACAUAAAUUCCAUAUUUCCAUUGCAUUUUCUACGUAGUUAUAUAUCAUUCGAGGUUCGACUAACACUCUCUCCUCAUGUAAUUUAGGGGAAUAAGAGCCUCCAGCUGUUUAUCUUGACCAAUUCUAUCAACCGUGUUAACGGAUAAAAAUGUAUAUAAUAAAUUCUGGCUCGCAACUGUGACCUAGAAACAAGCGUUUCUUGUUUGCCAGUUUAUGUGCAGCUCAGUCUUCCACCUGUUACAGUCCAGUGCUCUGAACAGAAGACCUGGAUGCUGACAUUUUUAGGGUUUGUGCACUGUGCGACAAAACAAAGAACUGCUCUUCAAACUGAUCUCCUCUUGUCUCUAUUAAACAAACAUCUGCUUAUGAA